UAUUAACAUGUGUUUUGGCAUUUGGUAUGAUAGCAGUUUAUAGUUGGAUGCUUAUUGAAGGCAUACAUUUAAUGAAUAUAUUAUUCUUAACAUUUAUUGUUAGAAGAUUUCGUUUCACUUGUUAUAGUAUUAUUGGUUGGGGUAUUCCAGCUGUGUUGACAUCCUCUUGGGCAAUAGCGAAAUCAGUUAAAUUAGGAUAUGCACAUCUAUGGACUGAACCAACAAUAUCAGAUCCUGAAGGAAUACUUGUUGUCACAUCAAUUCUGAUUACACUCGCAGUAAAUUUUCUCAUCAUGUUCAUUACAUUAUUCAUGUUAUUGACAAAACUUCAUGGACAACCAACUGGUAUAGCUGGUGGUCGAAAAUCUCGUGGUUGUCGAACAAAUCUACUUAAAGAUCAACGUUCACAUGGAACAUGUCCGUUGGGAAUAAUGUCAAAUAAUCCAAUGACAUUAAGUAAAACAAUAACCACUCUAACAAUGACACCAUUACAACAAGGACUAAACAAAUCGGACAUGGAAUUGCAGGUGAACAAACAGAUCACUAUAAAACAACAGGGAAUCGAGACAAUCAACUGUUAUAAUAAUAAUAAUAGUCCAGUGAUCACUACUAAUACUACUACUACUACUAUGACUACAACUACGACUACUACUACUAUCAAUGAUAAUAAUCAGUUUGACAGUAAUGCUGAAAUAAUGAAUACCGAUAAUCAAACAUCCAAUGUAUUGCCUAAAACAAUCACAAUGCCAACGAAAACUAUACGAAUAGCAGAAGAUAAUGUGACAGGGAAAACCGAUAAGAAAGUGACCAAAACAAAGAUUUUGAAAUCUUCUUUGAAAAAUUCCAGUGAUGCAUUUUGUCCAGUUGCUACAAGUAUUACUGCAUCAGUGAAUUCAACUAUUUCACAAAGUCAACCUGUUAAAUAUGAUGCGAAAAAUACUAUGGCAAAUGAAGUCGACGCUAAUAAUAAUAAUUCAAAUAAUUAUAAUCGAAAAGUUUCUAAAAUGCCUUCGAUGAACCGACGGAAAGUUAGCAAACUCUUUCAACGUAAAAGUAUUGAUAGUAAUUUUUUAUCAUCUACAAUUAGUAUAAAAGAAAUUAGGAAAGCUAUCAAAGCUAUUAUAUUUUUGAUGCCAUUAUUGGGUUUUUCCCAAUUAAUAUUCUUAAUACCUUAUAGUAAAGAAUUUGGUCGAGUAUUUGAUUAUAUCAAUGCAAUUAUGCUUUCUACUCAGGGUUUCUGGGUUACGCUCAUUUAUUGUUUCCUCAACUCUGAAGUUCAACGUGUCCUUCGUACAAGAUGGAGUGUAUUAUGUUCAACUUUUAGAAUGCAGUCGACAGAACGUAUUAGACACAAUCAAUCAUUGAUCACUAAUCCAAUUUUAUUAUCAAAUAAUAAUCAUGAUACAGAACGUCAAUCACAAUCUUAA